GGAGGAGAGGAGGAGGACGAGGAGCACUAAGGGCGGCAAUAAAAAGUUUGCUUUGUUUCUGGGUGUCAACACAUUCUUGCUUUGCUCUCACACUCUCUGGCCAAAAACGCCUACCCUCCUGUUAGCCAGAAAACCCAAAAACGGUGUCGUCCUUGUCAGCCGCCUCUGGGCACUCAAUUAAGCCCAAUUCAACGCAACUUGAAAGCGACUACAGCUACCAUAGCAACAUCAGCAGGAGCACAACGAGGAGCGGCAGCAGCGCCAGCGCCAGCCUUAGAGCAGUGAAGCGACCACGCCCACGCAGCACACACACACAGAAACACAGCAACACUAACUACAAGUGGCAACGCCCACAGAAGGUGGGGGCGUGUGGGGCAUCGAGUUGAUGCCACAAUGAAACUGAGCGUGAGCGCGUAUCGGGCGCAUGCAUCCGCACACAAGAAGAUCCUCUCCAGCGGCUAUCACUCACAGCUCAAUUACGGCAGCACUGGAGCAGCAGCAUCCUCCUCGUCAUCGGGGGCCACUGCAACGGGCCUAUAUACGAUGGAAACGCACGAGCACGGCGAGCAUGGCACUGGGAAGUUCGUCAAGGAUGUGGCACGCCAGAUUCACGACUGCAAUAGCGAUACGGAUGUCAUCAGUCCAACGGGGACCAGUAGCUCUGGUGGCGGUGGUGCUGCCGGUGGCGCAGCCCCUGGCGAAAGCUCUGGUGGCCAUCACAAGCGACACCAUAAGAUGGCCCAUGACGAUGAUAACCACAGUGCGCCGCAUUCCUCGGAUAGCAAAAGUCCCAGUCAGCGAAACAAACCAAAAAUGAAAAACUUUGGAAACUCGUUUAGGAAAUCGCGUAUCGGAGAUGGAGCUUCAGAUCCAGAUUCCGAUUGGACACGAUCGAACCAACGCUGGAUGAAGCUGCGCACCACCGUGCAAAUCUCGUCGGCGAUACAGAAAAAACCACCGCUCAAGCGAGAAGACUCCUUCCUGAAGCGUUUCUCGACUAGACAGAUACCCGAAACACAGGAAACUGUUGAAGAUACGGGUUCAGAAAGUGCCUCUGGUGACGUCGACAAAAGUGUUAAACGAAGACGACGCUAUCUGCAGAAACGACGAUCCGUUGUUAAUCCAGAUGAAAAUUUUUACUUUUAUUGGCUAAUGAUGGUAACUGUAUGUGUUCUAUAUAAUCUAUGGACCCUUAUUGUGAGGCAGAGCUUUCCUGAACUGCAGCAAUCUGUGCCUACCUUUUGGCUUAUCUGCGAUUCGAUGACAGAUGUUGUAUUUAUCUUAGAUAUAAUAGUUCAAUUACGCACAGGCUAUCUCGAGCAGGGCCUAAUGGUAUAUGAUGACAGGAAGCUGGCCUGCCACUACGUUCACUCGCGUGAUUUCAUCUUCGAUAUGAUUGCGCUGAUACCAUUGGAUCUGUUGCAGCUCAAGAUGGGCACCCAUCCGCUUUUGCGUUUUACGCGCUUUUUUAAAGUUUAUCGAUCUGUGAGAUUUUAUUACAUCGUAGAGAGUAGAACAGUUUGGCCAAAUUUAUGGCGCGUUGUUAACCUAAUUCAUAUCCUGUUAAUAUUGGCACAUUGGUUUGGUUGCUUCUAUUUUUUACUCUCCGAAGCGGAGGGUUUCCAGGGUGAUUGGGUGUAUCCCUACAGGCCGGGUGACUAUGCCACCCUAACGCGCAAGUAUCUGGGCAGCCUCUACUGGUCCACCCUGACGCUGACCACCAUCGGGGACCUGCCAACGCCCGAGACGAAUGCAGAACCGAACUUUUCGGUGGACGGCCCAAGAUCAAUACCUAGACGUGGCAUUAAAUCACGACUGCUACAGUUUGGCUCUAGCUAUGGAUAUAUUUUUACGAUCGUUAGUUAUUUGAUUGGUGUUUUUAUCUUUGCGACAAUUGUUGGACAAGUGGGCAAUGUGAUAACGAAUCGGAAUGCGAAUCGACUGGAGUUUGAGCGUCUUCUGGAUGGGGCCAAGACCUACAUGAGGCAUCACAAGGUGCCGGGUGGGAUGAAGCGUCGCGUGCUGCGAUGGUACGACUAUAGCUGGUCGCGGGGGCGGAUACAGGGUGGCGGGGACAUCAACACAGCUUUGGGUCUGCUGCCCGACAAGCUGAAAACCGAAUUGGCCUUACACGUGAACCUAAGUGUGCUCAAGAAGGUGACCAUAUUCCAAGAGUGCCAGCCGGAGUUUCUGCACGAUCUUGUGCUCAAAAUGAAGGCCUACAUCUUUACGCCGGGUGACUCCAUUUGCCGCAAGGGCGAGGUGGCACGCGAGAUGUUCAUCAUUGCGGAUGGCAUACUGGAGGUGCUAAGCGAGACGGGCAAAGUGCUGACAACCAUGAAGGCUGGCGAUUUUUUCGGCGAAAUCGGCAUCCUUAAUCUGGACGGGCUGAACAAGCGCACUGCGGACGUUCGUUCCGUGGGCUACUCGGAGCUCUUUUCGCUUUCGCGGGAGGAUGUGCUGGCUGCCAUGAAGGACUAUCCGGAUGCGCAGGAGAUCCUGCAGACGCUCGGCCGCAAGCGGCUCAUGGAGGUGCGUUGCGUGAACAAAAAGUAUGCGAAGGCGGCACUCGAGAAGGAGAACGCGGCCUAUGCGGCGGCCCAUCCGCACCACCAUCAGGCCCAUCACCAGGGACAGGUGCACCAGAGCGAUAGCAGCGAGAAUAGUGCAUCCAAGAAGAUUGUGGAUAAGCUGAAGCACGAUGUGAAGGGCUUUCGUAAUGUGCUGAAGAAGUCCAGAACCUCCCGCAAGAGCGACGAAUCGCUGGAGAUGCAGCCGCUGCACAACACUUCGCCACGCGGCAGUAAGAUCAUGCUGAAGCGCAUGUCCCGCGUGCGCUCCGACGAGAAGGAUGCAGACACAGCUGAGGCCAAGGAUGAGCUGCACGACAAGACACCCAGUCCGAUUGGGGCCGGGCUCCCAUUGCUGCAGCGCUUGCGGCUGCUCAAGGAGAAGCAGGAUCGCGAAGAGCGAGCUGUUAAGUCCACACCACCACAGAAAUCUCCACCUCACUCACAUGUAACGUGUACGUUAUCGCCGCAGGAAUCGAUACAGGAAGAGCCCGAACGAGAGUUCAACGAGGGCUUUCCCCUGAUCCAGCGAUUGCAGCAAUUGAAAAUUAAGAACGAGCCGCAAGCGAUCGCCGGUCCUGAUUCCGGCCUCGUAAUGGUCAAGACGCCUCCUAGCAUCAGCAGCAAGAUUGACUUCGGAGGAGCGACUUCCACCGCAGCAGGAUUGGGAACAGGAAUUCCCUCGGGCAGUCAGCUGCUGACUGUGGCACAGAUAAAGCCCAUGAUGAAGGUCUCGUUCAAGCAGAAGAUCCAGCAGAUGCAGGGCGGUGGGACAAGUGGAUCCUCGCCUGGUCCCAGUACCGGAGCGAUAGCCAAGAAGGAACCGCCCAAGUCGCUGCCUCUGAUUGCCAAGCAUGCCACAGCGUUGUCCCUACCACCAGCGAUCUUGGGCGAGGAAGCAGCAACGGGGGGAGUGGGAUUGGGAUUGGGAAUGGGAUCGGGUGGGGGAGUAGGACCUGGCCAAGCCCUAGCCAUAGCCACGAUAUCGAAAAAGGUGACCAAACCGUCGUACAAGCUCAACACGCCAAUGCAAUCCGACACGGACACCGACGGCACGCCCAUUUCCAAGCCCUGGUCCAAGCUGAAGCUGGCGACUCUCAUGUCCUCCAGCUACACCAGCCUCACCAACUGCUCGCCGGAUGACCUGGCCACGCCCCUGAAGAACUACUCGCUCAGCAACAUACCCCAGCAGAUGGAGGCCACCGCCCAGGCCCAGUCCCAGUCCCUGUCCCGUCCGCGUCACCACAGUGCCAGGAGCAGCUCCAGAUCGCCCAGACACGCCCAUGGUCAUGGCCACGGGCACGACUCCACCACCAGCAACACGAGCUCUUCCGCCAGCCAGGCGAGCACCAAGCGGGAAUGCCUGCGCCUACAGAAGCCCGAGCAGCAGCUGCCGGAUGGAGAGCUGGCCGAGCCGCGGCGAAAGUUCUACCAGAGCGUUUUCGACCUGUCGCCGGAGUACAAUGGAUUGCCGUUUGUCAAGCGGCUGAAGAUCCUCAACGAGCGCCAGAAACUGGCCGAGCUGGAGAAGGCCCUGCAGACCAGAAGUUUUAGCCUGGACUGCUCCAAGUCUGACCAGGGAGCGAAUCUGCCCAUCACGGAAUCGCUCUACCGAUGCUACAGCGACACCUCCGGUAUCUACUCACAGUUUCUCAGUGCCUACGAGUCCACCACCAGUUCAACAUCGAUAUCCACCAAUACAUCUGCCUCUGCAUCGGCAUCGGCCUCUGCAUCAGCAUCGGACACCGGCAACUCCCGCCACGGACAGAUGCAAUAUGUGCCGCUGCCCCUCAGCCCGGAAUCGAAUGAAACCGUCGAACGUCGCAAGCUGAAGAGCAUACUCAAGAAGCUGCAGAAGGGCGGUGGCAACGGCAACGGCAAUGGAAGCGGCGGAGUUGAUGCCCAAGACGAGGCGACUGCCACAGCCACGACGCACGCACACGCGUCGUCGAGGGGGCUGCUGGCGGAGCCGACCUUGGAAGGGUACGUGGCUAGGCACAGUAAGCUCUUGAAGAGUGUAACCUUCCAUUCAACUCUUUCCAGCCCGCCCGCCAGUGCCAAAGAGGAAGGUCAGUUCGCUGCCUUUGGCGGCGCUACCGGCGUGGCCCAUUCGCACGCGAUCGCGAUUAGUCCGAGUAACGGUAACGCUAACGGUAAAGCUAACGGUAACGGUAACGGUAACGGUAAAAGCUCGUCCAAUGCUAGCGGUAACGGUAGGGGUAGCGCACCUUUCACUUCCAAUCCAACGUAUCCGUUUCCGAUCGCGGUUCCACUUCCACUUCCGGCUACGGAGACACGCAUCUGGUCGCCGACGUUGACACUGAAUUCGCCUCAAGAGAGUUUCGCGCUCGAGCUGCAGUCUCAGAGUAAAUCUCAGGCGCAGCCCCAGCUCCAGUUUCCGCCUCCACCUGCAGCUGAGGGCAGUGAUGGCAGCGCCUUUGGAGCAACGGCUUCAUCAUCAUUAUCAUCAUCCUUAUCAGCAGCAGCAGCUGGAGCAGCAGCAGCAUCGACCUCAUAUGUUGUCGAAUGCUCAUCGUCGUCGGUGUCAUCGAAAUCGAAUCAGAUACACUCACAGAAUACCGAAUUUCAUGCUCAAUCCACAACAUCCACAGAUUUGAAUUUGAAUUUGCAGCUCAGACAGAACACCACCACCUCGAACACAAACAAUGUGCUGGCUGGUGGCAGCCAGGGGCUUCGGCCCGAAGGAUUUCCAGAAGCGCAAGACUACUUCAAUCAGAUACUCAGCGGCAUCAAUCACGUGAUCAAGACGCACAUGAACGAGAUGCACUCGAAAUUCGAGACGCAAUUCUCGAGCAUGGCCGGGGAGGUGCACCGUCGCGAUGCCAUCAUUGCCCAGCUCCAGCUGAAGCUGCGAUCCAUCGAGCAGAAGUCUUCUUCAGCAGCCUCAUCCUCGGCUGCAGUCCCAUCCUCAGCCCUGGCCAUAGCCCGCCGGCAGAAGCGGGAGAAGCUCUCACAGCUCUCGGUGGACGAUGAUGAGCCAGCGGAGGAGGACAACAGUAGUUCGGGCUCCUCCGCAGAGCUUCUCUUUAUGCGCGGCGACUCUCUGGACACGGUGUUUACCUCUUCGCCACCCAUUCAGGGCGGGCGACGCAGUAUAUCGCCUCACCCAGGUCCGAGUCGGCAUCAUGCCGCUUCGGCCAACGCUCUCAACUGUCCCAGCAGCUACUACAGCGGGCCGGGCACGCUGAGUUCACGGCAUGCGCAAAGCCAUCCAAGCUUCUAUACGGGGCAGGGGAAUGGACGCAGCAGCAGCAGGGGAUAUCGCGAGUGGAGUGGAGCCGCUGGCGAUGGCAGGUUCAGUGGGGCGGACGGUAGCGGGCCCAGUGGCGUGGUGGUGUCGGACGUGACGGGCAACCUCACACGGCUCUCGGAUAGCGUGAUCCUGGACAUUGGUGAGAGCUCCAGCUCGAGCUCCUCGUCGAGUAAGCUGAACAUUGCGGAAGAGGAGGACGACGAGGAUGAAGAGGAAGCGGAAGCGGAAGCAGAGGCCGAGGCGGAUGAAGAACUCACCGCCAGUGGGCCCGGCAAUAACGAUUGGGAGGUGCGAAUGCUGGCCGCCGAGAUGGAGCGGCAGGAGCGUAAGCGCGGACACUCCCUAUCCGACAAUCUUGGCGAUCUGAAGCACUGCAGCACGUUUCUGCGGCGCCGCCGCAAAUUCAGUGACACCGAAACGGAGUUCAGUGAAACGGACAUGGACGAGCAGUUGGCCCGAGGCUCAGGCUCCGGCUCAGGCCACGGCCCCAGCACCGGCCCCGUUGGUGGCGUAACUGGUGAGGCGCCUGCAGCAGGAACUGGGUCCACAUCCAGCGGCAGCGGCACCCAAAGUGGCAGCCAGCGGCCGAGGGCUUCCAGUCUGGACCAGUUCAACCUGCGCUACGGCAUCGGGCGUGGCAUCUUUAAAGCAAUGAGCAUCGAUCGUGAUAAAGACAAGCUUUGAGAACUAUAACCGCAACUAAAAAUCGCCCAAUCCCUUAACCAGAGAACACCUUCCGUGUCCAACCCGACAGCAGCCACAGCACUGGACGAGGACAACAACCAAUAAGCAAUUCGGACAGUAUUACAAUGGUACAACAACUAAGUAUAUAUAUAGACCCCAAAUAUAUAUAUACACUUUGAUAUACAAACCAAAGAUAACAUAUAGAGCUAUAUUCUAUAUUGUAUGUUUAGCCCUAACGACGAACCCCCCAAAAAAGGCAAACCAAAGAGGAAAGAAGAACCCAAAUAUAGAAUAUAUAUACAUGCAUACAUAUAAAGUAAAACAUUCAAAUAGGAUAUAUAUAUUUCAAAGUAGACUUAAGCAAAGAAAAACAACUACAACUAAACCAAGAACAAGAACAAGAACAACACACAAGAUAGCCAGAGAGUUCUCUCCACCAAUGUUCCAGAACCAGCUGCAUUUUGGUUUUGCUUUCGAUUCUAGCUUAAACGAAAACCCACUGGGAGUCUAUAUCUCAAUGAUCUCAGUAUAACUCUAAGAGAAACCAAAACUCGUGGGAUUGUUUGAUUCGAUUUGCCAUUUUAGUCUUUCUCUUCUUGCCUUUCUUGCUUCAUUUUGAUAGGACUUAGAUUAAUAGGUACUGCAUAUAUAUAUUUAAUGUAUAGGUGUUUGAUGGAUGAUUGAUGAGUGAGUGUACGAGAUGAUAUAAUUCCCACAUUAAACCGUCCUAAAAAAACGUCCAUGCCAUCACGCGCAUGUUUGUUCAGCGUUUGUAUCUACAGAUAACUGAAUCUUAGACAUUACCAGUCUCUCACUGUAUGGGUUUUAAUUUAUCCUUUCUGGAACAUUGACGCUACCGGAGGGCUCUCUCUCUGUCUCUAUAAAAAUGUAUAUACCUCUUAUUGUUAGAGACUAUGGAACAUACAUAUAUUUUAAGUACGUAUAUAUAUACACAGAAAUAUGCAUAGUUAUAUACAGACAUAUAUAUAGAGACAUAUAUAUAUAUGAACUAGUCUAAUGAAAACCGAAAGCUUUAAUAACUUAUAUAGAGAACUAUUUAAGAAACGUUUUAAAUACUAAUCGAUUCGGACAAAUGUUUUGAAAUAGAACAGGCAACCAUUUCUGAACACACACAUGCCUAAGACACAUGCAUACAGCAUACAGACAUACAAACCCACACACACACGCAACACACAAACAUAAACAUACACACAUACAUAUAUAUAUAUAAAUAUAUAGAGCUUAUAAUAUGCAUAGAUUAGCGAUUUACUUGUUGAAACAAAAGCCCCUCAGUUUGAGCUGUUAAGCCUAUCUAAGCGUUAGUCAAAACCUAUCUAACUAAAACAUAGACUAGCUGCCUAGUCCCCAAAAACUAUGCGAAUUUUACCACCACCACCCCCACCAGCCCUCUCCUUCGGUUUCGUUUGCCUUACCUCACGCUUGCCCCCCGUUCCCGUUUUGUGCUCAAUCCAUUCAUCAUACACGAUCCCGCUCUUGAGAACUAUUUCGAUAUAAGAAUGGCAAACUCUAACACUUAAGUAGCUUAGUGCAGUUCUAGAUCAAUUUCGCCAACGAAACCGAAACUCAAGCCGUAAGCUUAAAGCUCUAAGCGGAAAAUCACACCAUAAGCAAUCUAAACAAAGGAACCGAUAGUUGGGUUUCGUUUUGUUAACAAGUUGUGUUACUUCUUUUGUUUUUGGUUAACCCAUCGAUCUACUUGUUGCUCUAACCUAAUGCUAAACUAAUGAACGCUAGCCGAGACAGUUGCAGUUGCAGUUGCAGGUCCUAGACCCAGUCCAAGCCAGUCACUCUAGUCAGAGUAGCCAGCAAAAGUAUAUUCAGUAGAGAAGUUAACCCUAACAGCAGGCACCAAUAGAGCGUUACGUAGCGACAACUAACUUAGCAGCAAAAAGCCCAAAGACGACGUAACUGUACUCGCACAAUCUAUUCCCGAACUUAUCGCUAUCGCAAUCGCAAAAACGCUAUGGCUGAAUGCUAUCGAUAACAUCGAUAGAUUUCUUAUUGUAAUUAGCGCACUAAGGCACACACACACACGCACGCGCUCACACAGAUACACCAUCCAGACACGCACACGAACACACAAGCACACACUUGCAUACUCAAGACAUGCGUACUUCAACGAAAAACUAACUAUACGGAUACUUUAUCUACUUAUCUACUAUCUGUAGUUAGCCACAAAGCAAACACAAAACUGAAAUUCAAGGAACAAAUACUCACAAAAAUGGGUUCAAUAUAACAAAACAAAACAAACAACAAGAACAACUAAAUGGGUCACAGCCAGCUAAGCAGUCCAACUAAAUCUAAUAAGACCAGCACAACACUUAAGUAAUACAAAAUAGUUACAAUACAACUAGACGGAGGAGACGCAGGAAAGGCUUACACAGAAAGGAGCAGGGAAGCAGGGAAGUAGGGAAAUGGUAGCAAGGAGACAAGGCCAAAAAAGAUGAACUUACUAUAUAAGGAAACGAAUUUUUUGAUUUCAUUUAUUGGUAUCUAUUUAUUGGGUUUCUUUGUUGUUGAAUGCCAAGUUUAAAUGCAAAAAAGAAACCAUUUCAAUUGAAUUACAUACGCCAGGGACCACAAAACGUUUUUUCUUUUUCAUUAUCUUUUUUAUAAAAACGUGAAGUACUCGUAAAAAGUGUAGACACAAAAAGGAAAACCUAGCAAAAAUCGAAUGAUAAUAUUAAAGAGCCACAUAUAAAGCAUGUUUCUAGAGGAAUGGGGAGAGAUCCAGUUAGGGGUAUUUCCACGGAGGAUCAUAGCCCCCAAAAGCCACCAUAUAUGUAGCUAUCCCAAACGUACCCCAGACGCAACCCGAGCCGAGCCACCCCGACCGCAUCCAGGGCCCAUUUCGAUCUAUGUAGCUUAUUUCGUACAGCUCACUCUCAGUUCAAUUGUUGCCAACCAACGAAACUCUGUGAGUCAAUUAUGUAUAUGGAUCAUGUUUUAAAGAUUGUUUUUAACUUGCACCCGAUUAAAGUAGAUAAAAGAGGAGGACAAGCAGUAGGAGAACCCAACCAAUUAUGAAUUACGCUGUAUUAUAUUAAAUUAUUCGUAAAAUACCGCGAGUUGUUGUCGUUGUUGAUUUUAAAUUUUAAAUUGCUCGUCUUUAAGUUACCGAUAUUUUUGUACAUUAGUUUAAGGUAGCACAUAAAGAGUCCCCCACAAAAGUCUAGAGUAAAAAGUCCUACAUAAUUGUAUAAAUACGAGUACAUACAUAUAUGUACAUACAUUUUUUUUCCUCCUAAUUGCUAAUUUCGCAAUGUUGACAGAUACUAUACAGCAUGUACUUAUAGUGAAAAUUAUAUGCAAAAAAAAAGAAAGAAAAACGAUACAUAAAUUAAACAAAAACUAAAGGGAAUACCAAAAACCAAACAAUGAAAUUAGCACAUGUUAAAGAGCCGCAAAAUAAAUGAGAGAACAAAUGGGGUAAAUACUCGUAUGUACGAUGAGGAAAAAACAGAAACAGAAACAGAAGAAAAACUAACUGCGAACUUGCCUUCGGUUGCGAGUUCGAUUUUAGUGUGCCAAAUCUACAUCAUAUCAACUUUUAUUCACCAUAAGGUAUGAUGUUGCUAAAAUAAUACGAACCUAGAUACGAACACUAAAACCAAGAGAAACCAAGAGAGACCGAUGCAAGUGACGUACUCGUAAAACCCAAUGCAACCAAGGUGAAAAUAUGAAAGAAAAGAACAAACAUACAAACGUAUUUAAAUAAAACAAAAUGAGAAAAACCAAAAAAAACACA